AUGGCCCAAUUACAAAACUUGAUUCGACAAAAUGAUGAAAUUCUUGCCAAUGAAGAAGGUAAUGGAUACAGCAGCAGCCAUCAGCCUUCUUCUUCUUCUUCUCUAACUCCACCUUCAAAACCAGCAUCGCCAGCAGGUGGAUCCCUAUUAUCGGUCCACGCCGAAGAACAGAAAAUGUCCAAGAUGAAACGUCUUUCGACCAAUUUGGCUGAAUUUUUCUCCAAGAAAAAACCAACCACAUCCACUAGUGGUUCUAACGGUGAUCACCUGCAUGCUUUCAAUGAUUCAGUGUCGGAGUGUCAUUCCACAAUAUCGUCAGAUCCAUUAAAAAAGAAACAAGAAAAGAGGAAGAGCUUGUUUGGAAAGUUAUUGUCAUUGAAUAAACAUUAA